UCCUUUGCGCUUGACUAAGGCUUGCCACAGGCAGAGACACCGCCCCUUGCUAUCGCUCUUUCUCUCCGUUUCCCCUCCCUCGGGCGGACUACACUUCCCAGCAGCCCCCGCGGCUGAGGCUACAGCCGGUGACUGAGGGAGGCCCAGAGGCCGGGUGGCGAUGGCGGCCUCCUGCGCGGAGAUCCUGCGGAGGGAGUUCCCGGAACUCGACGGGGAGAUGUUCGAUUACGUGACCGGGGUCCUGCACAGUGGCAGCUCUGACUUUGAGUCGGUGGAUGAUCUGUUUGAAGCAGUCGGGGAGCUCUUGCAGGAUGUGUCCAGAGAAUCGAAAGACGAUGAGGACAUCCGUGCCAUCUGCCAGCGGAUGUACAACACCCUUCAUAUGGACAGCGAAAACUCCCAGAGUAACAGGCAGGUGCUCUUGGAUGCCCCAAUUCAGCUUUCUAAGAUCACAGACAAUUACGAGCCUAGUUUGGAUCUACUGCCGGGGCUUAUGCUGAAGAGAGAUCAGAACUCGACGGUGAAUGCCAAGAAGUUGGAGAAAGCGGAGGCACGCCUCAAAGCAAAACAGACCAAGAAGCAGGACCGAGAUUCUGUGAAAUCUGGAAGCCCGCUGGUGCUUGAGGAAGCCUCUGCCAGCCAAGCAGCCAGCAAGAAGGAGACCCGCCUUGAGACGUCGGGCAAGAACAAAUCCUACGAUGUGCGCAUUGAGAACUUCGACGUGUCCUUCGGUGAGCGUGUCCUCCUCACCGGUGCAGACUUGAACCUGGCAUAUGGCCGGCGGUAUGGCCUGGUGGGCCGGAACGGGCUGGGCAAGACGACCUUGUUGAAGAUGAUUGCCAGCAGUAAUUUGCGCAUCCCCUCGCACAUCAGCAUCCUCCAUGUGGAGCAGGAAGUGGCAGGGGAUGAUACGCCAGCCCUGCAGAGUGUGCUGGAGUGUGACACCACCCGUGAGAGUUUGCUGAAGGAGGAGAAGGAGCUAACAGCCCGCGUCAAUUCUGGAAGGGGAGAAGGCACUGAAGGCGCUAGACUGUCGGAAAUCUAUGCCCGGCUGGAAGAGAUUGAGGCGGACAAGGCCCCAGCAAGAGCAUCUGUUAUUCUGGCUGGGCUGGGUUUCAAUGCAAAGAUGCAGCAACAGACAACCAAAGAGUUUUCAGGAGGCUGGAGAAUGAGGCUGGCUUUAGCUCGUGCCCUCUUUGCCAGGCCUGAUCUUCUCCUGCUUGAUGAGCCGACUAACAUGCUGGACGUGAAGGCCAUCAUCUGGCUGGAGAACUAUUUGCAGACUUGGCAGUCGACCAUCCUGGUGGUGUCCCACGAUCGGAACUUCCUGAAUGCUGUGGCCACCGAUGUCAUCCACCUUCACUCGCAGCGGCUUGACAGCUACCGGGGCGAUUUUGAGAACUUCGUCAAGAUCAAAGAAGAGCGGUUGAAGAACCAGCAGCGCGAGUAUGAGGCUCAGCAGCAGUAUCGGGAACACAUCCAGGUCUUUAUUGAUAGAUUUCGCUAUAAUGCAAACCGGGCGUCUCAAGUACAGAGUAAGCUCAAACUUCUGGAGAGGCUGCCAAAACUGAAGCCUGUGGACAAAGAAUCUGAGGUGAUCAUGAACCCUGUCUGGAAGGCCCAUGGUGGGGAAGUCUGGAGUAGACAUGCAGAAUUUGAAAUCAAGUUGAAACCUGGCUGGAAGGCAUACCGUUCCUGGUUGGAAUAUUCAAGGUUCCCAGAUGGCUUUGAGACAUUUUCUCCUCCCAUCUUGCAACUAGAUGAAGUGGACUUUUACUAUGAGCCCAAUAACUACAUUUUUCGUUCUCUCUCAGUUUCUGCUGACCUGGACUCCCGCAUCUGUGUGGUAGGAGAGAAUGGAGCUGGCAAGUCUACGAUGCUAAAGAUCUUGAUGGGAGACCUAGCACCUGUGCGAGGGAUUAGACAUGCUCACAGGAACCUUAAGAUUGGCUAUUUUAGUCAGCACCAUGUGGAUCAACUGGAUCUCAACAUCAGUGCCACAGAGUUACUAGCAAAGAAGUUCCCAGGGAAGACAGAGGAGGAGUACCGUCAUCAGCUGGGAUGCUAUGGAGUCUCUGGAGAGCUAGCAGUCCGUCCUGUUGCCAGUCUGUCUGGAGGCCAGAAGAGUAGAGUGGCUUUUGCUCAGAUGACCAUGCCUUGCCCCAACUUCUACAUUCUGGAUGAGCCGACGAACCACCUUGACAUGGAGACCAUUGAGGCCCUGGCAAAAGCACUCAACAAGUUCCGGGGAGGUUUGAUCCUUGUUUCCCAUGACGAGCGUUUCAUCCGGUUGGUGUGCCAGGAGCUGUGGGUGUGUGGGAAUGGCACUGUGCAGCGCAUCGAGGGAGGCUUUGACGAGUACAGAGACAUCCUGCAGGAGCAGUUCCGGAAGGAGGGCUUUCUAUAAAGCAGGCACCCGGACUUUGCAUGUGAGCUGGUUCGGAGUGGAGUAAACUGCACGGCAGCCCCCCCCCAUCCCAUCUGAUGGUACAGCAGGGACUUCGCCUACAUCGUGUGAACGUUAGCUGUGCGAUCGCCUGUUGGGUUGAUCCUUCCUCCACCCCAUCCCAGAAACCUGCAACCUGCUGGGGAUUGCAGGAGGAGGAGGAGGAGGAAGAACAAGAAAGCACCCAGAGCUGCCUGUUCCGCUGCUGCAUCUGUGCCAAGUCUCUGCUGGGCAGGGACAAGACGACAGCAGAGAGAGAGAGAAGUGGGACGUGUCCAGUGCUGCUGUAUUGGAAAGGAGCGGUGGGGGGGGGAUGUGUCUGCUGCAAGCAAUCCCUUCUCUCCAUCUGUCUGUUUGGUAGAAUCAGACCUGCUGCUGACACGUUCAUCGGAAGGUUUGUGUGUGUAAAAUGCUGCUAAAUGCUGCACAUUGAGUAGCCCCUCCAAGAAAAAGGUUGGAACUCCAAACUUAACUUAGAAAUGGCUUGGGUGGGGAAUUUUCCGUCUCUUCCCCACCUCCCCCCCCCAUGAAGAGGUCCUGCCCCUUCUUGUAAUUGUCAAACACACAAUUCAGAUCUUCUUAGGAAAGCAUUUCUCUCUUUGUAGCUUAACCUUCAGUUUCCCUUUCUUUCCUGCUCAGAAGGUGAUGCUUUUGUAGGAUGAAAGGGGGUCCCUCCUCCUUUUCGCUCUUGGCUGUGAUCUUGAAAGGGGUAGGGAUUAGCAAAGGUUCUCUGGCAGUGGAAACACAACCUGUUGGCUCCACUGUCUGCCAGAAAGUAGUUGGUGAUCUUGGCUCUUCUGCAGUUGGGGCUUUUGUCUAAGCCAGCCUUUGCCAACCUGGUGCCCUGCAGAUGUCUUGAACUACAACUCCCCAUCCACCCAAGCCAACACUGGCUGGGGUGGAAGGAGAGUUGUAGUCUAAAGCAUCUGCAGGGCACCAGCUGGUGAAGGCUAUUUUGAGCUGUUGAAGCAAAUGGUCCACACACCCAUAUCAGUCUCUUGAACUUUUAAAGGUCUAAACUCCAUACAGGACUUGCAUUCUGUCCCAGCAAACACACUAUGUCUUGGUAAUAAAAACUUUUUUUAUGUUGCAAGAUAAAUUUUUCAACUCCCUGAUCAUCAGCAUUGAGGCUGCUCUGUAAAUAAAAUGGGAUCUCUCUGGCA